AUGCAUACAGUAUUGUUAGGCACCCUGCAUGCACCAAGUAAGUACAGGGAAUACAUUCAGUACAUUAAGAGAAUGCAAAUGGAAGGCACUGUAUACAAGAAAGAGAUAGUUGAUGGGCUAAUAACUCGGUUUAUUGAAGUGGUUGAUGACAACUACCACAUGAAAGAGGUGCACAUACAAAGAAAAGAGAGAAGAAUAAUAAGCAUAGUCGAUGGGUCAAAGGAUGGAAGGGAAGAUGCCACACCAGAAGAAAAUAGUGAAGUAAGCAACUCAGGAAUAGAUAAAAUAAGCAGAAUAAUAACAGAUAUGCAGAUGGAAGGGUAUGCAAACUACACGCAUAGCAUUAUAGAUGAAAAAGACAUUCUGUACGGCGCAGAUAGCAGAGAUAUGGUAGAUGCAAAUAACAGAGUGCCCAGAAGUGCAGCCACAACAAGAAAGCCAGAUUCCCAUCAAUUGGCAGUGCCCCAUGAUAUAAAUGAAUUGAAGCACCACAGUCCAGCAGAAAAAAGACUAGAGAGUGCAGAAGCAGAAUAUGAAAUGGAAGUAGAGGGGGCAGCUGAAAUAGAAAGAUCAUCUGAAGCCAUGCCAGAGACAUGCAGUGCUGUAGUGACUGAAGGACUUAGUCACAGGAUGACUUCUUCUGUUGAGUUAUCCCCAAGUGAUAUGCCGUGCAGCCAGUCAGUCUCCCUUGAUUGCAAAGUGCUUCGCAUUAGAGAAGAAAUAUCUGGAGUAUCUGCGUAUGCAAUUUCCCUUCUCCUGAUAUGUGCGCAAAUGGAAGAUGUUCUUGCAGGGAAAUAG